AUGGGAUGGAUGGGCGGGCUCCAGAUGCAGGUUCCUUGUACCUGCGCAUGCGAGUCGAGGCGUAGAGGUACCACCAAGUAUGAGUCCCCGCCCGCUGUCGAUGGAGAACCUUGGAAAGCUGCACCUUGCUCUGGGCAGUCUGCAGUGGCCCAAGGGAUUGAUUGCAGUGGGGUGGAGGCUGGUGCAGCUGCAGCUGGAGGUAGCUUGCGUCGCCGCCCCGGCCGUGUGCUGGCCGUGAAUUUGAACAUGAGGGUGUGA